AUCCCUCAUUGGUCCAUGUCUUGCUCUGACCUCACAAGGAGUCAUUGUGAGGAAUGACUGACACCUGUGCAUAUAACACACUGCCUAGGCCUGGGUUUUGUCCUUCUAGUACAGAGAGCUGUUGGGUAGUGAGUGAUCUGUGGGACUUGGAUGGUGGUGACAGUUUUGGACCUGGAUAUCGGUGAAGUUUUGGACUCGGAUGCUGGUGACUUGUUUUACUUGACAGAUUGGUGUUGGUACGAGCCUUUAUAUCAACAAAGAGGAAGAAGUGGGAAAUGGCUCAAGGCAACACCCUACAGUACAACUCCUCUGACGAAGAGGCUCUAACAGAGCACUAUGAAAUCCUAAAGACCCUUGGUCGGGGAGCAUUUGGAGAAGUAAAAUUGGCUAGCCAUCUACUCACCCAGACAAGGGUAGCAGUAAAAGUUCUUCCAAAAGGCACAAAGAAUAGCCUCAUCAAAUCAGAAAUUGAAAUAAUGAAAUCUCUAGACCAUCCCAAUAUCAUUAAACUUCUGCACAUAAUCGACACCACAAAUACCACGUACAUAGUGAUGGACUAUGCCAUAGGCGGAGAGCUGAUGGACAGGAUUGUGGAGUUUGGCUACCUACAGGAGGAGGAGUCCCGUAAGGUAUUUAAACAGAUGGUAUGUGCCCUUCAGUAUUGUCACAUGAAAGGGAUUGUUCACAGGGAUCUAAAGCCUGAAAAUAUUUUAGUGGACGGCAAAGGAAAUAUAAAACUCAGUGAUUUUGGACUGAGCACCAAGCUUACCCUGGGGCAGAAGCUAGCACAUUUCUGUGGGACCGUUCCUUAUUGUGCCCCAGAAGUCUUUAAAGGUGGAGGCUACGAUGGCCGAGCAACCGACAUCUGGAGUUUGGGGGUUGUACUCUACUUUAUGUCUACAGGGUGCCUCCCUUUCAAGGGAACUGCCUUUGUAGGAAUAAAGGAGCAGAUCUUGGUGGGAAAGUACUCUGUUGAAUUCAAGCUGUCGCCAGAGCUUUGGGAUCUUAUUGCUAAGUUGUUAACUAUAAAUCCUGGAGAAAGACCAACAAUAGAUGAUGUUGUGGGCUUUCAAUGGCUGAAGCAUGGCAAUGAAGGUUCUCCCAAUCCCUUUAGAGAGAACGAUGAGGACAGCUACCCAGACCCCACUGUGAUGGCCAUCAUGGGUGUCAUGGGUUAUAAGCAAGGACAGAUCCUGGAAGCUUUACACGAGAAGAAGUUUGAUCAAGUGAUGGCCACCUACUUGAUUCUUAGGCAGCAGUCACCCUGGGAAGACAUUACAAAAGAUCUUCAGCCCAAGCAGUCUGCUGGAACCUUGAACCUUACAGGCCCUCCCACAACACCUAAAGUGACUAUCAAGAGGGGAUCUAGUGUCUCUAUCCUUUCCACUUCUUCCAGUUUGCACACUCUAACUGAGAGUCCCGAGAAUGACAAAAAGGGGAGAACGAGGUACAGUAGGCCUCCCACCCUGAACUGCCCUGACAAGAAAACAGCCCCCAUUCACAGAAUCUGCCCCCAGUGUGUGCAUGAGGCUAAUUUCACGAACAGCACCUCGGGGGAUUCAGAGAGCACUAUUAACACCUCCGAUGAAAUAUGUACCAUAGUGUCUUGCCCCCAGUGUGUACAUGAGGCUAAUUUCUCGAACAGCACCUCGGGGGAUUCAGAGAGCACUGUUAACACCUCCGAUGAAAUAUGUACCACAGUGUCCUGCCCCCAGUGUGUACAUGAGGCUAAUUUCCCGAACAGCACCUCGGGGGAUUCAGAGAGCACUAUUAACACCUCCGAUGAAAUAUGUACCACAGUGUCCUGCCCCCAGUGUGUACAUGAGGCUAAUUUCACGAACAGCACCUCGGGGGAUUCAGAGAGCACUAUUAACACCUCCGAUGAAAUAUGUACCACAGUGUCCUGCCCCCAGUGUGUACAUGAGGCUAAUUUCACGAACAGCACCUCGGGGGAUUCAGAGAGCACUAUUAACACCUCCGAUGAAAUAUGUACCACAGUGUCUUGCCCCCAGUGUGUACAUGAGGCUAAUUUCACGAACAGCACCUCGGGGGAUUCAGAGACAGAGAGCACUGUUAACACCUCCGAUGAAAUAUGUACCACAGUGUCCUGCCCCCAGUGUGUACAUGAGGCUAAUUUCACGAACAGCACCUCGGGGGAUUCAGAGAGCACUGUUAACACCUCCGAUGAAAUAUGUACCACAGUGUCCUGCCCCCAGUGUGUACAUGAGGCUAAUUUCACGAACAGCACCUCGGGGGAUUCAGAGAGCACUGUUAACACCUCCGAUGAAAUAUGUACCACAGUGUCCUGCCCCCAGUGUGUACAUGAGGCUAAUUUCACGAACAGCACCUCGGGGGAUUCAGAGAGCACUGUUAACACCUCCGAUGAAAUAUGUACCACAGUGUCCUGCCCCCAGUGUGUACAUGAGGCUAAUUUCACGAACAGCACCUCGGGGGAUUCAGAGAGCACUGUUAACACCUCCGAUGAAAUAUGUACCACAGUGUCCUGCCCCCAGUGUGUACAUGAGGCUAAUUUCCCGAACAGCACCUCGGGGGAUUCAGAGAGCACUGUUAACACCUCCGAUGAAAUAUGUACCACAGUGUCCUGCCCCCAGUGUGUACAUGAGGCUAAUAUCCCGAACAGCACCUCGGGGGAUUCAGAGAGCACUGUUAACAGUUCCGAUGAAAUAUGUACCACAGUGUCCUGCCCCCAGUGUGUACAUGAGGCUAAUUUCCCGAACAGCACCUCGGGGGAUUCAGAGAGCACUGUUAACACCUCCGAUGAAAUAUGUACCACAGUGUCCUGCCCCCAGUGUGUACAUGAGGCUAAUUUCACGAACAGCACCUCGGGGGAUUCAGAGAGCACUGUUAACACCUCCGAUGAAAUAUGUACCACAGUGUCCUGCCCCCAGUGUGUACAUGAGGCUAAUUUCACGAACAGCACCUCGGGGGAUUCAGAGAGCACUGUUAUCACUUCCGAUGAAAUAUGUACCACAGUGUCUUCAGCACUGGAAACUUAUUCCAGUAAGUUAUCCUGGAAUGUGUCCGAAGCUGGCCCUAACAAAUCAAAGAGCAAGGCGUCCUCACAGGAUGUUUUAUCUCAUCACACCACUAUGGAGGAAGUUCAGUGCAGAGACGUCAACAUACAAGGUGAAAUUAUCGGUUCAUCUCUCCCACAAACCUCACCUCAGGAGGACCUCAGAGGACAGCCCCACAGCAUGUCUACUGCUGGUCAGAGAGAUGAAAGGAGCAGCUCAUCUCUCCUACAAACUGCACCUCAGGAGGACCUCAGAGGACAGCCCCUCAGUGUUGCUACAGCUGCUUCAAAGAACAACAUGACCUCACAAGAUAGAUCAACUCCAUUCUCCAGCAAGGAGGCCCAGGAUGAGGGUCUGAUUGUACAAGAAAAAGACCUCAGCCCAUCCUCCCCAGAAAUACCUCAGGGACACCUCAGUGGUCGGAGACAGACUGCACCCAGAGCCCCCUUUAGAAAGCGGAUUUGGAAGAGCCUACAGAGCAGGAUUAUAAAAGGCCUGAGAAGUUUAUGCUGCUGCAUACCAACAGAAAAGAGGGAGCGCCUAGGCUGCAACAAAAUCCUGCCUGUGACCUUAGAGGACCAUGGAGGGAGCCAAGGUAACAGUGCUGUUGGAGGCACUGUGCUCCCCCAAAGCUGAAACCAGAGAGUGAAGAGCAGCAUGCUGAGGAUGCACAGGGCCGCUGGAGAGAGCCAGCUACCUGUCGCCAGGUGUACCAUGAGCCAUUAGAAGAGAGAGCGGCACCGGAAGCAGAGGAGGACCCCAGAGGGCCUGCCCAGUUUGUAUGUGUUCAAGAUGAGUAUUGCUGACCAGGUUGGAGCCAGACACAGAGGAGGAACGAGUUUGCAGGGAGUGUCCAUCUUGUGCUCAUUUGGGAAGGUAGAGUGUGUGGGAACAGGAGCCACGUGAAGCCAACACAUGGCAUGGUGCACAUUUUCCCCCAGGGCAUCCGGUCCUGUGCAAGGGAAGGCCCACCAGCUGUGCUUUGAGUGGAAGCAAGGGGAAGUCUGGAGUGUUUGACAGUUGGAUUCAGAGAUGGAGCUGGUUCCAAGCGUGAUUGUGGAUAGAAUCUGUUGAUGGAAAAACAAUGGCAACCCCCGGCCUGACAGUGGACAUGGCUGGUGCUGAAGCUUUGUGUCUCCAGGCAGCAGGCUGGGAAAGACUUUUGCUGCCUGUAUGACCCUAUGCUGGGGCUACCAAGGAGACUCCUGGGACUACACUCAGCAAGGGACAUUUUCAACUGGAUGGUGCUUAGAGCAGGAGAUGCCACUCAAGCCCUAACACACUGGAUGGAAGGGGGAACACACAGGUCUCCUUGAUGGAAGAGGCUUCUGAUUGACAGAGAAUUUGGGCCAGAGGCUUACAAGCAGAUGGACUAAGAGCAACAAAAGAAAAUGUCUACUGAUCCAGGUGAAGAUCAGCCAUCGAGGAUAUGCUCAGAGAGCUGGGCAUAAGAUUGCUCUGCAGAAGUAUUACCAAGAAAGACAGGCACCAGACAAAAAGAUAUACGGCACAAAUAUCUGAAUAAAGAGAUUGUUUUCUUGCUACAAUAAAUUCCUUUGUAUAUUUGAACCACA